AUGUCCAACUCCAGUUUCUCUGCAGUGUCCAAUCACAGCUCACUGCAUGGAAACCUGCAAAGACCCAUGACAGUGUUCAGCGUCCUUACCUUCACCUUGUUGGCCAUGCUGGUUUUGGCCACAUUCGUGUGGAACAUGCUGGUCCUUGUGACCAUCCUAAGGGUCCGCACUUUCCAUCGUGUCCCUCACAACCUAGUGGCCUCCAUGGCCAUCUCGGACGUCAUGGUGGCUGGACUGGUGAUGCCCCUGAGCCUUGUCCGGGAAUUAUACGGCCACCGGUGGAUCCUCGGGAGAGCUCUCUGUCAAAUGUGGAUCUCCUUUGACGUGCUCUGCUGCACAGCCAGUAUCUGGAAUGUUACCGCCAUUGCACUUGAUCGCUAUUGGUCCAUCACGCGGCACCUUGAGUACACACUUAAGAGACGCAAGAGGAUCUCCAAUGUGAUGAUUGGACUUACAUGGAUGCUCUCCUCUAUCAUAUCCUUCUCACCUCAGUUUGGUUGGGGAGAGACGUACUCUGAGGAAGCGAUGGAGUGCCAGGUGAGCCAGGAGCCGUCCUACACUAUCUUCUCCACCUUUGGCGCUUUCUAUUUGCCGCUCUGUGUCGUGUUAUUCGUCUACUGGAAGAUCUAUAAAGCAGCCAAGUUUCGCAUUGGCUCCAAGAAGAACAACACUGUUAGUCCAGCUCCGGAGGCUGUCGAGGCGAAGGAGGCGACUCGGCAGCGUCCCCAGACAGCGUUUACGGUCCGUCACGCCACCGUAACAUUCCAGACAGACAGUGAGACGUGGCGGGAGCAGAAGGAACGUCGUGCUGCACUGAUGGUCGGGAUCCUGAUCGGGGUUUUUGUCCUCUGCUGGAUCCCCUUCUUCCUAACCGAACUGAUCACCCCGCUCUUCUCAUGGCACAUACCACCCGCAUGGAAGAGCGUCUUCCUCUGGCUCGGCUACUCCAACUCGUUCUUUAAUCCACUCAUCUACACAGCCUUUAACAAGAACUACAACAGUGCCUUCCGGAACCUCUUCAACAAGCAGCGUUGA